AUAUAUAUAUUCAUCCAUCUUCAGUUUUCAUCAGUGCAGCACAAGAAACGCUUUUCAGUUCCCUAAGAUCUUUUAGAUUCACUUCCUCCUCCCGUCCUACUUAAUAUUCUCCCUUGUUUUACAAAAGCAAACAAGAUGAUCAGUGCAAAGAAGCUUAUCAAGUUGGCAAGGAAAUGGCAAAAAAAUGCAGCCAUUAAGAGAAAAAGAAUCACAUUCUCGAGCACAGCAUCAAUGGUGGAGAAGGGUCACUUUGUGGUGUAUAGCACUGAUGAGAAGCGCUUUAUGCUUCCUUUGGAAUAUCUGAAGAACGAAAUAGUGAUGGAGUUGUUCAACUUGGCGGAAGAAGAAUUUGGAAUUUCAAGCAUUUAUGGACACCUCACGUUGCCCUUUGAUUCAACCUUCAUGGAAUAUGCAAUUGGAUUGAUCAAAAGGAAAGCAAGUAAAGAAGUGGAGAAAGCAUUGAUUAUGUCUAUAGUUAAUGCCCGUUGCGCAUCAUCAUCAUCGUUGAAUCUCUAUCAGCAAGAAACACGCCAACAGUUACCAAUAUGGAGUUUCUAAAGCAUUUUCUUUUUCCAAUUUUGUAAACGAUAACAUCAUUCUACAUUUAGAUAUAUAAUGAGAAAGCUCCCAUUUUUUGUUUCA